UCUCUCUCUCUCUCUCUCUCUCUCUCUUUAUAAACGAAAAUGAAAUUCUGUUCCUUUCUUUCCUCAUCAUCUCUCUUUCUCUUUCCACCUUCAAGUUUUCAUUUACAAUCAGAUGAUAUUUAACUGUUUCUACUGAUUUAUUCAUCUCAACUUUCGUUUUCUUCUCUUUUUAUUCUCCUUAUUCUUUUCAUCAUCUCCCUUUUCUCAUUAUCAUCAUCAUCAUCAUCCUCUGCACUCUCUCAACAACCAUUUACACAUAUUCUAUUCGUAUAAACAACUCUACAUUUCUUGGAAAAGGAUUAAUCAUCAUUAUAUCAACACGAGGAUAUUAUGAGAUUCACAGAUAUUAACAUCGCACUUUUUAUAAUUAACUGUUGGUCAAAAAACUCAAUUAAUUCAAUGUUACAGAAAAUAGGAAACACAUAAUUGCAAACUUAUUAUUCACAAUACAUUGCAAUACAUUGAUUGCUAUUGAAUCUUUUGACAACAAUUGAUUAUCAUCUACAAUUUCAUCAACUAUCAAGUUUAUUAACAAGAGUUUUUAUAUUCUACUAUUAUUACUCAUCAAAUCAUCUCAUUGGAAUCAUCAUAAUCAUAAUCAUCGAUGACAAUGAAACAACAAUUACUCACCUUGUUCAUAGUUUUUCCCCGAUAAACAGGAAAUGAAAUGAACAUUGAAAAGGAUGUGUAAUCAUCAUCAGAUUAUCAGAUUAACAGUUUUCCCGUUUUCGAAUCAAUAUCUUUGCAAAGAUAUUCAAUUCGUUACGAAAAUAACAAUCAAUAAGAUGUUUUUCUUUCUUUGUAUAUCAUCACAAUCAUGACGAUAAUUAAUAUCAGAUGGAAAAACAAUCAAAAGAUUCACAAUCUCUUAAUCAACUGUAAAUGAUGUUGAUUGUUCAAUUGAUUGUCUGUUAAAGUAAAAACUGGAAAACCAACACUUCUUUAUACAUAUUAUAUAAUAUUUAUGUAAACAAUUAAUGCUUAUAUAUCUUUGCCUUAUAUGUUAACUGUGCAAUAAUUGUGCUUUCAUUUUGAUGGAUUAAUCAUGAAAAACAACAAUCAACAAACAAUUUAAUCAUUCAUUUCACUUUAUUUCAUCUUCUUCUUCCUGUUCCAAUAAAUUGUGGAUAACAACAAUUGAUAAUAAAACAAAAAUCAACGUUGAAAAUACAAUUACAAUCUAUCAAUUUGUUAAUAUUUCACAUUUAAUCACAAUCAACGAUUAAAUAGUUGAGAAAAUAAUUCAGCUUAAUUGUUUCAUAUUAACCUAAUUGUUUUGAGGUUCAACGAAAACAUUGCACCGUAAUUAUAAUCCAAUGUAUACACAUAAUAUAAUACUAAUUAAUACACUGGAUUGAAGGUUGAUUGUUGUAUUUGGGUAAAUUGUUUAUCGCUAAUUGAACAAGAAACGGGAAAAUUUGACCUGUUGAACUGCGACCUCAAAGCCCCAUCGGUCAUAGUCUCAGUUUGGUCUCUUUUUUUUCCCCAGUAUAAUUUAAUUGCAGAUUAAUUAGUGGGAUAUUAAUGCCCUUCAAGUGGGGAACAAUUAGUAAACAAUUUAAUCUCUGGCGCAAAGAUUAUUUACCUUUGAUUAGUUUAGUUGAAAAGCACUUGUUGGUUAACCAUUGUCAACCGAUUGUGAUUAAAAUCGUGAUUAUAAUUGAGUCGGUUUAACAAUUGAACAAUUGAAAAUCUUAAUGAUUAUAAGCCCAAGGACUUUUUAUCAAUUUCUUUUGAUUAUUUUCAAUUUUCUCUUUUCAUAAACAAUUAACGUUCCCAUGGUUCUAGCAAUUAAAUUGUUGAGAGCAAUUUAAUCGAGUUGACUAACUACUUUCAAGUUUCCAUUUUCACUGGAUCAGAUUCAUCUAACGUGUAACAAUCAACAUGGACAAUCAACAAGAGCCCAAUGAAUUACCUGAUGUGUCUCAAUUAAAAUUGGUUGAUUUUACAAUUAACGAUGAGAUUCGUGAUCGUUGUAGACAAAUUUGUGGUGAAUAUCUUGGUGGCCCUUGGAGUGAUUUAAAAGCGGAAGAAACAAUCAUCGAACCAGUGGAAGAUGGACUCAGUAAUCGUAUUUACGUUUGUAUCAAUCUAAAGUUAUCACAAUCAAAAGAAUCAACCUUAAAAUCUGAUGUUCCAAGUAAAGUUCUGGUUCGAUUACAUGGAAGUGAAUUCGUCGGUGAUCAAGGUGACAUGAUUGUCGUCUCGAAAGAUGCUCUUCCAUUAAUUGGUGAGAUUUUACACCAAAAAGGAUUAGCAGCCAAAAUCUAUGGAGUAUUUGAUGAAGGACGAAUUGAACAUUUCAUCGAGAGUAAUAAAUUUCCCCAGGAAUCAUGGGCUAAUCAGCAAUUACUUGAUUGUCUCACACGAAAGUUGGUUCAAAUUCAUCAACUCGAAAUGCCGAUCUCUAAAGACCCCUGGUCUCUGGUGAAAUUGGCCGAAAGACUUUACAAAUCGGGCAAGGAAACUAAUCAAUUUUUGAAUGUUGACUUAUAUGAACCUCAUUUGAGACCCAUGAUUCAGGACAUGAUUGAUUUUGAUCAUGCUGGUUACGCUCAAUGGCUUCGGGAUAUGGAGCCUUUCAUCAAAUCUCCGUGUGUCUAUUGUCAUAAUGACCUACACUUUGGAAAUGUACUUGAUAGAACCAACGGUCAGUCGUUUGACGAUCGAGCCUUCAUUAUCGAUUAUGAUAACAGUAGUUAUGGAUUUCGAGCCUAUGAUUUAGCUUUGUUUCUCUACUUGAAAAGUUUUAUUCCAGGACGAGUUGAAACUUGGUCUUUUCAAACGAUCACCACACCGGAAGAAAAACUCCACACCCUCAAGGUCUAUUUAGAACAUUUGAUUAAAGUUCGUAAAGGAGAAAUCGAUCCUCAAGUUGACACAAUUGAACAUCUAAAGAGAGAACUCGAUUAUGGUGAAGUUCUAAUUCAUUUUAUUUGGACUUCGGUUUCGUGUGCGAAGAUCAAUCCAAUGAUGGCUUCUGUUUUCGCAAUUAUGAUGGACAAUGCAAAGGAAAUCAAGAUACAAGUAAAAUUAGCAAAGGAACGAUGCGAAAAAUAUAAACAAAGUUUAACCAACGGAGAUCACUAAUCUACUAUUAAUAAUUAACUGAUUAUCCAACUGUCACCUGAUUGUAAAAGAUAUUAUUCCAAUAUUAUCAUAAUAAACAAUCAAAUUUAUCAUCUUCUAUUGUUAACCAACCAAUCUGAACAAUCAAUUGAUACACUUACACGA